AAAAAAUCCCCCAAACAUUUUCUCCGUCUAUAAAAACCCAAACCCAUUUCUCUCUCUUUCUCUCUCACCCUAGAAACCCUUUUCAACACAUUUUCAUUUCUAGGUUUAUUUCAAUUUCUUCUCAAAAAUCUCUCAAAAUGCGUCAAAUCCUUCACAUCCAAGGUGGCCAAUGCGGUAACCAAAUCGGUGCCAAAUUCUGGGAAGUUGUUUGUGCUGAACAUGGAAUCGAUCCAACUGGACGUUACGUCGGUGACUCAGAUCUUCAACUUGAAAGGAUCGAUGUUUACUACAAUGAAGCAAGUGGUGGUAGAUUUGUUCCUAGAGCGGUUCUUAUGGAUCUUGAACCGGGUACUAUGGAUAGUAUCCGCUCUGGACCGUACGGUCAGAUCUUUAGACCGGAUAACUUUGUUUUUGGUCAGAGUGGUGCUGGUAAUAACUGGGCUAAGGGUCAUUAUACUGAAGGCGCUGAACUUAUUGAUUCUGUUCUUGAUGUUGUUCGUAAAGAAGCUGAGAACUGUGAUUGCUUGCAGGGAUUUCAAGUAUGCCAUUCACUUGGUGGUGGAACUGGGUCUGGAAUGGGAACCCUUCUCAUCUCAAAGAUCAGGGAAGAGUACCCAGACAGGAUGAUGCUUACUUUCUCUGUUUUCCCUUCUCCUAAGGUUUCUGACACUGUGGUUGAACCCUACAAUGCCACUCUAUCUGUUCACCAGCUUGUUGAAAAUGCAGAUGAAGUCAUGGUUCUUGACAAUGAAGCUUUGUAUGACAUUUGCUUCCGCAUUCUGAAGCUCAGCAACCCAAGCUUUGGUGAUCUCAAUCAUUUGAUAUCCGCAACUAUGUCUGGUGUCACAUGUUGUUUGAGGUUCCCUGGUCAACUUAACUCCGAUCUUAGGAAGCUUGCUGUGAAUCUUAUUCCAUUCCCCCGUCUUCACUUUUUCAUGGUGGGAUUUGCACCUUUGACCUCACGAGGCUCUCAGCAGUACAGGACUCUCAGUGUCCCAGAGCUUACCCAGCAAAUGUGGGAUGCCAAGAACAUGAUGUGUGCUGCUGACCCUAGGCAUGGACGAUACCUCACUGCUUCAGCCAUGUUUAGAGGCAAGAUGAGCACCAAGGAAGUUGAUGAACAAAUGAUGAAUGUUCAGAACAAGAACUCAUCCUACUUUGUUGAAUGGAUUCCAAACAAUGUCAAGUCUACUGUCUGUGACAUUCCCCCAACAGGAUUGAAGAUGGCUUCUACCUUCAUUGGAAACUCCACAUCCAUUCAGGAAAUGUUCCGCAGGGUGAGUGAACAGUUUACUGCUAUGUUUAGGAGAAAGGCUUUCUUGCAUUGGUAUACAGGUGAAGGCAUGGACGAAAUGGAAUUCACUGAGGCUGAGAGCAACAUGAAUGAUCUGGUUGCGGAAUAUCAACAGUACCAAGAUGCAACUGCUGAUGAGGAUGAGUAUGGAGAGGAAGAAGGUGAAGAGGAAGAAGAGUAUGGACAACAUGACAUAUGAUUUUGAAUGAAGGUUGGGAUAGCUGCAACUUCAUGUUGCUGUUUCAAGUUAAGACUAGUUUCCUUAUAUUUCAGUUACUAUUGCUGUAAAAUUGUUUUUGGUUUAUUUGCUUUUAUGUGACCUGUUGGUAGUGAAGAGUUAAACACCUAUUAUAAGCAUCACUUUUUGUUGGAAUUUAAGUACCAAUAUUUGAUUCAAAUGAUUGUCCCCAUGGAAUUCAUUGAUUAUGUUGUUCUGUUAAGUUUGGAUGCCAAAUUGAUUUUUCAGAUA